AUGCUGCACAAUGGCGUUGCCCGCCCUACCGCUUUCAUCUGGGAGCCAGAGCCGGAGGAGCAGUGGGGCGACGAGAGCGAUAGCGAAGAGAGCGACGACGGAGACGAGUACGGCGAAGCCGACCGUGAGAAGGCACGAUCCGCUAACCUAGACGGGUACUGGGGCACCGAUCGCAUACGCCGUGUCCUGCGCGAGCAGACCUUUCAGUACAUGAACACCGCUCUCGGCACCCGCGCCUGGCGGCAUGCCUACCCAGCCAUCCACCGAGAGCUGGCAAGAGAUGGACAAGCACGCGACUGGUUGGAAGUGCUCUACUGGAACAAAGCGCCGGCGAAGAGCAACGCGCAAGCGUUGCAGUCCGGCCACAGCCUUAAAACAGAGGAGGGCAACUACGGCCGCUCCAUGAUGGAGUCUCCCUUUCAGACCAUGGCUGAGCGGGAGGAGUUCUGGCGGGUGAGCAUGGACUGGCAUUGCGUGCUGGAGUUUGCAUCUGCCUGGGAGGACGGCCGCAUGCACCCCGGUGUUCGCGCGGAGAUGGUAGCGCAGCAAGAGAAGCAGGCGCUCCAGCGCUGGUCGUCGCUCGCGAUGGUGGACCUCAAGGCAGAGUUCAGGCGACUCGCUGGACGGCCGGACGCCGAGUAUCGUGGCAAGCAAGAAGAAAGCCUCAAGGCUGUGAUGCAGCGACGGCUGCGCGUGCUAGUUGUUAUGGCUACUGGCACCGGCAAGAGUAUGCUGUUUAUGCUGCCCGCGUCUGUCUCGCCAGGCGGCGUCUCCGUGGUCGUGGCUCCGUUGAAUGCCUUGCGAGACGAUCUGCAAGAUCGCUGCGACCAGCUCGGCAUCCCCUGCGCGAAGUGGGAUGGAAGAAGACCGCCGUACUGGGCUCGUAUUGUGCUGGUGACGCCUGAGAGCGCAGUCACGAAGGCGUUCGGCAGGUUCAUUGACGAAAAGCGCAUGCUCCAUCAGCUAGAUCGUAUCGUGAUAGACGAGUGCCACGUGCUGCUGGAGUCGACACAGGACUGGCGGCCAGACCUCCUCAAGAUGGUGGAGAUGACGGAGAAGGGCACACAGGUUGUCUACCUGACUGCAACCUUGCCGCCCACGCUGCAGCCCGCCUUCUUGCACACCGCAGGGCUCGAUGCCCAGACCGUAACCAUAUGCCGCGAUGAACGCACCACGCGAACGAACAUUGCGUACCAGGUGCUAGAGUACACACGUGGCACGCUAGAAAAAGUACUUAUUAAGCUCGUGGCUGCGAAGAGGAGUAGGUACGGACCCAAGGCGCAGAUCAUCGUCUAUUGUCCAACUGUGGACGAGACGAAACGGCUUGCGAAGCUUCUGCAGUGCUCUGCAUACUACCGUCAGAUGGGCUCAGACGAGGAAAAGGCACGCAUGGUGCGAAGCUUCACCCUGGGCAUAGAGAAGCUUUGUACAGCCACGAACAUGCUGGGUCUUGGGCUCGACGCUGCAGGCGUCCGGGUGGUGAUCCACGUUGCCAUGUGUCCCCUGCUGCUCCAAUAUGUGUAA